UUCUUUUAUUUGCUUUGCUGUCCUCAUCUUUCGCUGUUAUAAAGAUAAGCGUGAAGAAGUGAUGGGGCCGAAGUACACGUCGGUGGUCGUCACGUUUCCUAAGCCGCCACGCUAUGACAAGCGGCGAUCCCACGUCGGCGCCUUCCCGGAUAUUACAUAUGUCGGUGCCUUCCCUUGAUUAGAAACUUCGUCCCCUUCUCCCCUUCCCCACGCCCACUUCCUUCAGCUUCUCUUACGUGGCGAAAAGCCUGCCCCAGCACCGGCCAUAUCUCUCUCUAUAAAACCCAUUUUUUUCCUUCUCUCAGACCAGAUCGCCAUGGAGACCUCGCCGUCGGAGCAAAAGCAGAGGCCGUACCGCGGUGUUCGUAUGCGGAAGUGGGGAAAGUGGGUCGCCGAGAUUCGAGAACCCAAUAAGCGAUCUCGGAUAUGGCUCGGUUCCUAUGCUUCACCGGUCGCUGCCGCACGUGCUUAUGACACCGCCGUAUUUUACCUACGCGGUCGGUCCGCGUUUCUCAACUUCCCCGAUGAUAUACCCUCCGCUGAUUCCGGCGGCAUCGGUGGCGGUUUAUCCGCCACUUUCGUUAGAAAGCGCGCCGCCGAGGUCGGUGAGGCCGUCGACGCGCUUCUUCUGCAGAAGAAGGCGAAGAAGAUGGGGAUGGGUUUCAAGUUCCCCGAUCUGAAUUGCCAACCCAGCGCCGAUGAGUCCUACGGCGAUGUCUGAAUCGGCCGUCUUAUUGGAUAGCGUUAGGUUUAGUUAUGUUUCUGUGGAUUGUCUAUACAAUGUAGAGUUUGUCGGAGCAGAGAGAGAGAGAGAUUGUGAAGCAUGAAAGAUAUUAAAUAUCAAUUUAAGUAAUUAGAGAAAAUGCGAGAAAAUAUUUUAAAGUGGAUAA